AAUGUUGUCACGAAACCUACUGUUGAGUCUUACAUAAAUAACCCAAUUCCUAUAUAAAUCAAAUUUACCAAUACACACAUUUGUAAACUAUAGUCUAGGGCAUUACAAAAAAAAAAAUGAUUAUCCUAUUAGUUGAAGCAUUUGAAAUGCAAAGGAAAACUGCUAAGGUUUCGUUUGGUCAAUUCAAUCGAGGGCCGGGGUCAUUUAAUUUCGUUGGGCUACCGCUAAUUACCGUUCCUGCUUCUUGGCUACGUUUAACUGAAAUUAUUACCCAAAUGAAUGAAUCAACUCAUUCAUUUAAAGCAUGAGUUGAACUUGCGUUGAAUAGGUGCGUGUGUGAGUUUAGCUGCCGGAAUUUUAACAAUGGAAUUAAUCCAAAUAAUGCAAUUCGGCUACGCCCUAAUCAUAGCCAUAUUUGCCCUGAUGAUCUGGAUAUCGAUAGUCGAAUCCAAAGAGCUUGAAUCCGUUCGAGACCCGCCGUGUUUUUUCAAUCCGCUUUGCACCUGUUCCAAAGCGGUGCCAGAUUUGGGAAUUGUAACGUGCCGGAAUGUGCAUUUGCCUAGAAUACCUGAAACUGUUAACAUUUCGAAGGCUUUCAAGUUGCACUUGGAAAAUAAUCGAUUGAGGACUUUGGAACCGUAUUUUUUGCAGACCACUGGAUUGUAUAAAAUUGAUAUUAGUUUCAAUCCGUUGGUUGUAAUACCGGAUGAGGCUUUUUUAGGUUUGGAAAGGUCUUUGUGGGAGUUGGAGCUUAGUUAUUGUCAGCUGACAAAGGUUCCUAAUAGAGCUUUGAGGUAUUUACAGAAGUUGAGGCUGUUAGAUCUUACAGGCAAUGACAUAAACAAAAUUUUUCCUGAUGAUUGGAGAGGCAUCGAAGGCCUAGAAGUCCUCAUUCUAGCGGAAAAUUCAAUAACCCACCUGCCACCAGAUACUUUUGGGGGCUUAAAGUUAAUCGAGACUAUUGAUUUAAGGGGCAAUAAUUUACGUGAAAUAGAUUCAUCGGUAUUUCGAGAUGGUAUGGCUCGAUUGUCCUACCUACUACUAGGAGACAACCAAUUAUCUACUAUACCUUAUCAAGCCCUACAACCACUAAGGACUUUGAAAACUUUGGAUUUGAGUUACAAUAGGAUUAAUAAAAUGUCGCCUUCGAAUGAACCAGGUGUCAAUAUCAAUUUAAAUUUCCAGAUCAAUUUGGAUACAUUUAGAAUGGAUUAUAAUCAAAUAAGGGUGUUGGAAACAGCCUCUUUUCAAUAUUUCAAUAUAGUCAAUAAAACCUAUUUGGAUGGGAAUCCUUUGACCGAAAUUGAGGACAAUGCUUUUCGUCAAGCCAGAAUCCGCGAAUUAUAUCUAAGAAGUUGCGGCAUCACGCACGUAGAUCCCGCAGCUUUUGCCGGACUGGAAAACGUUUUGGAAGUCCUAGACCUGUCUGGAAAUAACAUUUCCCUAUUGCCAACUGACGUUUUUCAAAGAUUUCAAUACAUUAAAGCUCUUAUGCUCAAAGAUAACAUGGUUACCAACUGGAACAUCAUGGAUACAAUGAACGGUUUCCAAUUUAGCCUUUACAAAUUGGAUUUGAGCGGAGUCGAUAAUGCUUUGGUUAAUAUGCAAAACUUACGACGAUUGAGAAGCUUAAGGGCUCUAACACUAUCCAGAUUAUCCGAACCAAAUAUUUCUCCAGAAGAUUUUGUUGAAUUUGGCCUUGAUUUGGAAGAACUUUCAAUUACAUAUGCAAAUUUACAAUCUAUUAAAAGUAAUGCUUUUAGGCAUGUUCACGGAUUGAAAUUUAUUGAUUUCAGUGAUAAUAAUAUCGGGACAAUUGAAACUAAUGCUUUCAAAGAAAUUGGUCAUUCUUUGGUCACCUUACGCCUUGCCCAUGCUUUUUCCUCAUCAUUUUCUUCAGUACCCAGUGACCCAUUUAAAGUACUGAGUAACUUAGAAGUGCUGGAUUUAAGUAAUAAUAAGUUUAGGACUAUGGGUGAGACAAGUUUUCAUUUUUUGGGUUGCUUGCGAGUUCUAGAGUUACAAGAUAAUAUGAUUGAAGUUGUUCAUAAAGGCACUUUCCAGAGCGAUAUUCAUACUAAUUUGGAGCAAAUUUUUUUGUCAUUUAAUUUUAUAAGAAGCAUAUCACAGUACACUUUUGUUCACUUACCAAAAUUGGAGCAGCUUCAUCUUGACGAUAAUAAAAUAGAGUCUUUAGAGCGGAGGUCGUUUAUGAGUUUAGAGCAACUCAAACGGCUCAAUUUAAAAGGGAAUAAAUUAUCGACAAUAUCUUAUGAAGCUUUCCAAAACUUACCGGAAUUGGAACAUUUGGACAUGGCCUAUAAUAACCUGGAAAAAUUCGAAUUUUCAAUGUUCGAUCAAGUAGGAACCUUGGCAAUGUUUCAUUUAAAUGUUAGUCACAAUAAUUUAAGGGAUUUGCUCGUGUCAGUGCCUACAACUUUCGAAACCGAUGUUGGUUUCGGCAGUUACCAUUCAAACAUCAAAGUUCUGGAUCUUUCCUUCAACAAUAUUUCGGUAAUUGGCAAACAGUUCUUCAGACCGGCCGAAAUUUCAUUGACCAGCCUCUAUUUAAGCCAUAACCAAAUAAUGAACGCCACAAAAGACGUUUUCGGAAACAUGCCGCAUUUGCAGUGGCUGGACUUGUCUUGGAAUCAAAUUUACGAAAUGGAUUUCGAUAUGUUUAGGAAUACUAAGAAGUUGCAGGUAUUGGAUGUUUCAUACAAUCGGAUCACCGAUAUGCCAAAUGAUAUUUUUAGAUUCCUGAGUAAUUUAAGGAUGGCAGAUCUUUCGCAUAAUCGAAUUAGAAUGCUGCCUGAUAAUUUAUUUAGAGAAGAAGGUUUGGAAAGGCUUGAUGUUUCUCACAACUUACUAAGCAAAGUUCCACUUAGCAGCUUAGCAACACCAGCGGCGCAAACCUUAUGUGAACUUGAUUUGUCUUGGAAUUUAAUAUCUUCAUUAUCCCAUGGAGGACUAUUGGAUAGAUUUAAAAAACUCAACUAUUUAGACUUGUCUUAUAAUCGCAUAGCUCAAAUUGACAGUGGAACAUUCAAAGGCCUACCCAAGCUUAUCCAUUUAGAUUUAAGUCAUAACAGUCAAUUGAGUCUGGAGCAAAAUGGUGGAAGUUUUCAAGGAAUAGAAUACUCAUUGCUCCACUUGAAAAUGGACAAUGUGUCUUUACGUAACGUGCCCAUUUUGCCAACUCCAAACUUGGUAACUUUAUCUUUGGCUUAUAAUUCCUUGCCAAACAUGCCUCCAGAGCUUGCUACGAAUCUGACCAACUUACAAAGGCUUAAUUUGGAUGAUAAUAGUUUGACGCUUAUUCCUAUUUUAACUCAUUCUUUGGAUCAAUUGAGAUAUUUAUCAAUGGCUUCGAAUCAAUUGACUUACUUAAGCAAUACAAGUUUGUUGGGAGUUGCUGAUCAUUUGGAAGAGUUGGAUGUAAGGGAUUUAGAUCUGUCGGUAAUGGAGGCAGGAGCGUUUUGCAAAAUGUAUUCUUUGAGGACACUCAAAAUGAACUUUUACACAGGAUUUAAAAGUUUUAAUAUUCCUUUAUUGAUUCAAUAUAAUACUGGAUUGAGGAAUUUGGAAAUACACGUUGAUAGGUCAACCGAUAGUGAUUUGAGUAGGGAGAUGCAAGGUGACUUACCUCCGAAACUUAGAAAUAUUACGUUCUCUGGAAAGGGAUUGAAAAAACUUGGGAAUAAUAUUUUGAAGGGAAUAAGAUAUCCAGAAUUUCACUUGUGCAUUAGAAAUACAAGUAUAGACAAAGUACCGCAGGAAUUGUUUAAAAAUAUUGGAAGUGCCAAAAAUGUAACAGUGGAUGUAAGAGAUGGGGGGCUUAAAGGAUUAAUGAAUCCAUCUACAGGUUCUAAGCCUAAUUUAUUUAAAAAAACUUUCCUAACGGAUCUUAAGAUGAUUGGUAAUCGGUGGGAUUGUGAUUGCGAUUUGGGCUGGAUUGAAGUUUGGCAAAGAAAACAUCGUCAAUACAUUUGCGAAGACAGUCCUAGUGUUGCACCAUCUUUCACACAUUCCGACUACACUUGCAGGCACACACAUGACGAAUUCAGGAUGUCUUUGUGUGCAAAUAAAAAUAACAAUUCGGUGAUUGAUGUUUUGAAAACCGACAUCGAGUGUGGCUGGAGUGCGGCUACAAAACUAGAAAAGUUACUUUCAAUGGUUUUUGUUGGACUCCUAAUUCGAUUUUUCUUUUGAAUUGAUGACAAAAGGUUAACUGGAACGUGUAAAUAAGUACCUAAACUAGCUUAAUUUUUUAUUAAGUUCCUUAUAUUAUUAACUCUAUUUUAUAAAUUGGACUCUUAAUAUACCCCGUCCAUACACUUACAUUAUACCAGUUUAUAUUGUCUUGUUUGAUGUUCAAAUUUUUGCUCACUGCCAUUGAUACUUUCCAAUAAAUAUUAAAUUCCAAAAAUAUUUUCUUAUAUUUGAAGGCCUUUAAUUACUAAUUGAUUUAUUUAUUUUGUAUAUACCUACCUAUACCAAAUAAUAUUGUAUUUAAAUACUCUAAAAACUACUUAUUAUCCAAUGAUAUUAUUGCAAUAAACAUAUUUUCUAGCACUUACUUUAAAUGACUCCUCUAGCUCCUCUGCCAUAUACCUACUAUCUGGAUUAUUUUCAUGAAGCAAAGAAAAAGUCAAUAUUUUUCAAAUAAUAUUUUAUUACGUCAUGGUACACAGUACAUCCCUGAGUAACCUAACAUUACACAUUCUAUGUACAAUUUUAUGUUAUCCUGACUUUGAUUUUCUUGGUCGAUAUUUUUAGAAGCUCAAAAUUCGACUUUGUAUAGGAACAAUUUAAAUGCAUUUUAUGAUCGACCAACACAUUAAUCUCAUUUGAAUAAAAAUAGUAAGUUUUUUUGUUUUGUUUUGAAUAUGACACUCUACCUAAUUAUAAAUAUACCUACUUUUAUGAAUAUAUUAUAAUAAAAUUUACAAAUCGUUUAAAUAUAAUUUCGUUUUUAUCACUUGAAGCCUUACCCUAUCCAAUGUUUUUUCUUUGGCAAUUUGCACUUCUUGUGUACUCUAAUUUUGUCAAUUAUUUGAUUCUCUGCUGUUUUCGUUGCUAGCAACAAUAUCAGGUUGAAGGCAUGCGCUCGUGGACGUUGGAGAACUGCUGGUACUUCUUAUGCUGGCAAUGGGUUCUGGGGGUAUCAGGCCUUCUUUCAUACGUUUUUUCUGCUUCAUUCGACGAUUUUGGAACCAGAUUUUCACUUGGGUUUCGUUGAGUUGGAGCGACGAAGCUAUUUCGAUCCGUCGAGCUCUGAAAAUUCAUCAUCAUUAGGAUUCUAGUGGAUUCAAAGUAUGCUGAAUU